AUGGCUGAAUACAGGCUGCAUUUAAUAAAAAAAUACUUUUUAACUGGUAUGAAACAGGGUGAAAUUUUACAAUCAUUAUCUGAGAGAAAUGGAAUAAACCUUUCGCGUAGACAACUGCAAAAUAUUAUGUACGCUGAAAACUUAUACAAACGUCGUAAUUGGGCUGAUAUUAUGACCGUAGUAGAAUUUAUAAUGGAGGAACAUAUUGGAUCCGGUAGCUUACAUGGAUACAGGUGGAUGUAUCAAAAAUUAAAGCAAAACGGAUUAAAGUCAAGAAAAGAAGAGGUCCGGCUAUUAAUGAGUAUACUAGAUCCCGAAGGGGAUGAGCUAGAUUCUGUCACUGAAGUAUGGGAUAAUCAUAUUAUCCGACCAACUACAAACCAACAUGUUCCAUCCGGUCGACCAAUCGUCAUGUUUUCUGCUCCAGAACUUUACAAUGUUCAAGAUUACAAGACAUUAAUUGAAAACAACCAGAUCCUUAUUUGCAGAGAAGAGACAAUGUUUCGGAAAGCAAUACCAUGUGAUGAAGACAUCUAUGAUAUCUGUAUGUUACUGAUGAUUGAAAACGCCAUGCAGUAUCCAACCGAUGCAUAUAAAGCCCUUGACUUAUAUCUAGAACUACGUGAAACAAUACUUGAAAUAUUACGUUGA